AUUUAUUAUUGUUGUUGUUUGCAUUUAACUAACUGAAGUCAAACAAGGCUGCAUACAGCAUUUUCAGCCCUCCUGAUAGUAACUCUUAAUCUGGGUAUCCUAAUCGCUUGGAUAAUACGUGAUAUAAAUGGAGGUUUAAAUGUUACCUAAUGUCAUUUAUAAAAUGAACCAUAACCGUACGUCAACUUGAUGCGUAUUAGAAAAGUGUCGGCUGACACGCACGAUACAGUAUAAAUCAGUAAUACCCUAAUUAUUAUAUGAUUUACUUGACUAUACAAAUAAGUUGUUUUGUUUGACCUUUUGUGAUGGAAUAUGGGACUGUAAUACAAUGACAUGUUUGUCUGGUUGGGGAUCAUAUGUCCAUGGUUUAAUAAUGACUUCUCAGGAUAGCAAACUAUAGUUAAAGGACUAAUAUUACGGCAGUUGAUUAUUUGUUGCUAAUUAUUUGUGGUAAUAGAAUAUUGGUUGCUUAACAUAUUGCUGCAGCUUAACAUGUUGUCUGGCGUGGGGAAAAACGACGAAGUUGGCAAAUUAUUAUCUAGGGCAAGUUCGGUGUAAAACAUCUAGAUUUCUCAUUAUUUGUACAAAGUCUGAAAAUCAGCAAUAAAUAACCACACUCAUGUACUAAUUCCAGAAACAUUGUUAACAGUAUUGUUAGACUAUUCUCACCGUAUUCGCUGUACGUUUCACUAUUAAAAACUGACAACUACUUUGUGAAACUUUUGAACGUCGUACAUACAGUAUGAGCGUUCAUGGUUGUUAGGUGUUUUCAUUUGAUAUGUUGCAGGCAGUACUUUUUGACCUUUCCCAAUACUUCAGAUGUGCUAUUUGUAUACAUACAUAUUUGUUAUAUUGUUGUUACUAACUUUGUCUUGGUAACUUUUAGCUUUCAACAUUUCUCCUGCUAGUUUUCUCCAGUUGCAAGAUGACAAAUGUCACUUUCCUUACCGUCUUCCCUCUGUCAUAAUUUAUUUGGAAUCUGCAUACUUGCAGCUUGGUGUUAUGGCGUGAAUGAUUCGUUUUUAGUUUCUCAUAAGAGUGUCAGUAAGUCUGUUGUUUUCCCUCUGGCCAUUUGUUGCUCCAAAAUGAAUGUCUUUCUGUCUACAACAAAAGGUAAAUGUAUAUAAAUACAUUUGUUAUAACCUGGACCCCUCAUGAAAUACCCAGCAUUGUUAUAAUCUUCAGUGGAUGACAAUGAAGCACAUACUGAGAUGCUUUAGAUAAGGAUUAACUGAAUUAACUAUAGAUCAGCAGUAAACAACUUAGUUUUUUUAAGAUUUGCCUUAGUGGUAUAAUUCAUUUAGCUAGUUUUAUCACAGUAAAAUACCUAAACAUUGUUCAAGCUUCUAAUCACUUUUCCAGUACAGAGUCGUAGGGGGUGUUAAGUCUAACCCAGGAUGCACAGGCCACAAGUCAGUGGAAAACCGUAGACUGGAUGCCCAUUGCUCACAGGGCACCCAUUAUCAGUCAUAUUAAAUCAAAAUAGUGGCAAUUGCUAGCAUAUAUAACGACUUACCAGUAUUGUUUGCAGUAGGCUAAGCGUAUUAAUUAUGUAUGCAACAAUUGGUGACUUUUUUUAUGUUAAAUUAUACAUAUUUAUCACACAAUGUAUGCAUGCAUGCACUGGUUGUACCUACAAAAUAGUUUUCUUUUGUCUGUAAUGGCACCCAGACUAACAAAGGCAUUGUCGUAGUUUAACCUUGUUCAAUUUACACAGUAGGAUUGAAGAAUUUUGUGCUUUCUUGUCCAAUAAAAACAUACUGAAACAAAGAAGCCAAAUGUGGAGCAAAUUUUAAAUCCUAAAUGGUUGUAUUAUAGGAGGUAUUUCUUGCAAAAAAAAAAAAAAAAGGAAAUGAAGAUGUUAACGCAGUCUCCACAACGGGUCAGUGGGCGGAGAUAUGGGUUACUGCUGCGCUCAAUUUAGCUACUUAUUUCCAGCUUUUUAUUCGUAGUGUCUCAUUUCGCUUAUUCUCGGCUUCCCUAUAAAGGGGAGUGUUUGCGGCGGCACGUACUGCGUAGGUUAUAGUUAUCAGAUUUUGAAAAUAAGAAAUAGCGUGUAAAUAAAACGUUUAGGCUGUGGCACGCAUAUUUAUUCCAUAUAUGAAUUUCACAAAACACCCUGCUUUGAAAAUAAUGGAAUUACCCCCUGCGUAAUGUGAUUUUUUAUUUCGUAACAGUAAACUGGUCGCAUGACACGUUGAGCAAUUGUACGCACUGAUUUCAAAAAGAAGUCGCAUCUUCAAACAGAAGGUGAAGAUCAUAUCCAACUUGGGCAAAUGUGCCUGCUGUUUACUACGCAUUUCAUGACACUGGAAGGAUACUGUGAAAUUAGCCCGGUCCAGAUUAGUUUUAAGCCUGAAAAACGCUGGAAACAUGGCAGUCCGGGCUAGACUAAUACCAGUGUUCUUACAGUCGCUCUCCUGCUUAAACUUGCAAAUCAAGUUAGAAAAUGAAAUGGGAUAUAUAUUUUUUAUUUCAACUUCUAAUUUUUCACAACGACUCGGAUGAUUGGAAACUUAAAACGCAAACGAUUGGUCUGAUGUUUCCUUCUGCGUUGUAUGCUGUAAUUUUACCAACGAUAUGGAGGUAUCUUCAAAUCCUUGGAGCUCCACCGUAUUUCCUGGGACUGAGCCUGUCUGCGUUCAGUUUGAGUGGGCUGCUUGCGGGCCCUUUCUUUGGCCAGUGGUCAGACAGGACUCGCACUACCAAAAACAUCAUUCUGUUUGCAAAUCUCUUCGAGGUUGUGGGUAACUUUAUGUAUUUCAUGAAUUUCGAUAAGUGGCUCCUGCUGUCCAGUCGACUCGUAGCAGGUAUCGGGACUGGAGCUGGGGCCUCCAUUUUUGGAUACCUGACACGUAGUACGGCGCCUGAGGAUCGCAGCACCGUCUUUGCAGCUGUCAUGGCCUGCCGGCAAGCUGGCCUGCUUAUUGGCCCGGCUUGCAACAUAUUUUUGAGGUUGUGUAACUUCCAGCUUGGACCCUUUGUUGUAAAUAAGUUCACUGCACCAGGGCUCUUCAUGUGUCUGCUGUGGAUCCUUCUUCAGCUGGCAGUGCUGUUAAUGUACUGGGACCUGCCACCUGAGGAUUCUGCAUCCUGUAUCAUCAGGGAUGUGGUGGAUGUGGAAGAGGAGAGUGAAAAGGAGCCCCUGGUGGGUGCUGAAGAGCCAUCUGGGUCUUAUGGCACUGUUUGCCCGAGCCCAUCAGAACCUCUUCCCAAUGGUACUCUUCCUCAUAGUUCCCCACCCUCUUCACAUUCGGAGUUGCCUGGUCAGUCUAACCCCUUCAGGAACUUCAAUGCCAGCAGAGAAUUUUUAAGGGAGGAAGUAGUGGUUCUGCUCACGGCCCAGUUCAUUACACUGUUCAACCAAACCACACUAGAGACCAUGGUGACUCCUCUGACCCAGAAGUACUUCAACUUUGGCGAGCUGGAGAACAGUGUCAUGUACUUUGCAUGUGGGGUGGAGGUGAUCGCUGGGUUCUUCUUGGUCCGCUGGCUUAGCCCCCGUGUGGGUGACCGCGUCGUCUUGGCCGUGGGGCUGAUUGUUGGCAACAUCUCCUGUGUGUGGUGCCUUAUUUUUUUGACCAACCCCCAGGGUGGGUUCCAGUGGCAGCUGACAGAGUUCAUUAUCGGAGUCUUCCUGCAGGUUCUGGGCUUACCUUUUGUUGCGGUUGCACAGGUGUCUCUCUUCUCAAAGGUGACUGCAGAGAAGACGCAAGGAUUCAGUCAGGGUAUCCGUCGUUCUGUUGGGGGACUGGCCACCAUCCUAGGUCCCCUUUGGGCUGGGGGACUUACAGAGAACCUCUAUGUCAUGCUGGGAGUUAUGAUGGUCCUGCUCAUGCUGCUGACAAUCAUGAUGGUUUUUUCCUAUAACCGCUUGGUAGAACCAAGCAUUGCUCAGAAUGCAGACAGGUCAGAGGUUUCUGGGUAGAUCUCUUCCCUGUCAUAUGGGAAAAGCAAAGAGGUGUUUGAGUCGCCCGACACAAAAUUCCCUGAAGAGAUUUGGAUACGUGGAAGGGAAUCAGGAUUGGACGAACAGAUGGGAUGGAUUUGGAUGCAACCUUGAAGCAGUUUUGUUACUAUAUGCAUUCAGUGAAUAUGGAAAAUAUAAAAUUGUGGAAAUAUGUAAUAUGUCAUUAUUGCACAAAAAGAGCCCACAUUAUUAACAUGUGCCAAACCUUUAUUGUAACAUUUACUUAAUGAAUCAGAACAAAAAAAAUAAGUGAGGUGUCCAGAUCCAAUAGACUUCUCCCAUAGGUACAUAGAAAUAUGCAAUGCCAUGCAAAAAUUAAAAUAUAAGUAGCUAAGUGGGCCUGUGCAAAUGUACUACAAAUUCAACUCAUGAACUCAUGAAGACCUUUUUUUUACCUUUUCUGGUAAAAUGUUUCUGGUUGUUAUCAACUGUGCAUUAUGUUCCAGAUAUUUGGUAUAAACAUGAUUUGUCAAAAUCAAUUUUAUAAUUUUCUAGCUUACAAUACCAGGACAAUCAUAAAAAUAACUUCUAGUAAAAUAAACAGAUGACUGGUUCUUAAUACAGAAAGGUAUUAAAAUGA